AUGUAUUUACUGAAGAAAUCUCAAACAAUACAGUUGUCAUUUUUCUAUCAACUUCCAAAGUUUUCUUAGAUGGAGAAAAUGGAGAUUCUGUCAUCUUUGAGAAUUACUAAAACUGUUCUUGCAAUCUUGUCACUUGUUUUGCUUUCCAACAUUCGGGUCCAGGCACAAGGAAUACUUCUACUUCCCUCGGAGAAACAAUCUCAACGUGACUUAUCUACUUCAAAGAUCGGAGAAGGAGCUACCACUAAUGCACAUGACUCUAUAUUGAAAUUUGUAAACUCAUCAAGCUUUCCAAAUCGGGAAACAUUUCCACGUGGCUUUUUUUUUGGUGCUGGAACAUCAGCUCCUCAGAUUGAAGGUGGAUCUCAUGAAGGAGGAAGAGGGCUUGGUAUAUUAGACGUUGUUUAUUCCGGUGAUAAUAAAUAUGUUACAAAGAUUGAACAUUACCAGAGAUAUAAGGAGGACGUGCAACGAUUGAAGCAUCUUGGAGUAAAUUCUUACAGGUUCUCCAUAUCUUGGAACAGAGUAAUACCAGAUGGAACCUUAAAAGGAGGUGUAAAUAAAGAAGGUAUCGAGUUCUACAACAAUUUGAUCAACGAGUUACUCAACAAUGAUAUUGAACCUUUUGUGACUAUCCUGCACUUUGACUAUCCAUUAGCUCUUCAACAAAAUAUUGGCGGCUUCUUAAAUCGCUCCAUUGUGAAACAUUUCAAGGAUUAUAGUGAGCUCCUAUUCAAAACAUAUGGUGAUCGAGUGAAAUAUUGGACCACAAUGAAUGAGCCGGAACUUCAAGCUAUGUAUAAUUACAUGGACAAUCUAGGUCAUUUGUCUACGGAGGACUGUGCAACUACUAAAGUUUGUACAGAAGUAUAUACUGUACUUCAUAACUUACUCAUAUCCCAUGCUACGAUUUCAAAAUUAUACAAGUCCAAAUUCCAAACAGUUCAAGAGGGAGAAAUUGGAAUUGCUAUUUCAGCAAAAUCAUUUGUUCCCUAUAGUUCCAAGCCUCAGGAUGUGGAUGCUGCUCAAAGAUUAAUAGAGUUUCAAUUUGGAUGGGUUUUAGAGCCAUUGUUCAAAGGGGAUUAUCCAAAAAUAAUGAGAAAGUUAGUGGGGAAAAGACUACCCGAAUUCACUAAAAAUGAGAAAGAAAUGUUGAAAGGAAGUACAGACUUUAUUGGGAUCAAUUAUUAUUUUUCUCUCUUUGUUAGACAUGAACCAAAUAGAACCAAGAUUCCUGCUAGUGACAAUUUUGAUGCCUUGGCUGUUACAGAAGUUUUGAAUGUGGAAGGAAACACUCUUGGUUACUAUGACCAAUAUGGUUGUAGCUAUGUCUACCCCGAAGGAUUAUAUAAUUUCUUGCUCUACAUAAAUAAAAAGUAUAAAAAUCCAAGAAUCUACAUCACUGAAAAUGGAAUUCCUUCUUUCAAUAUCCCAAAUCCAUUGAAAGACGAACAUCGAACUGCUUACAUCGCCGCACAUAUAAAUGCUACCAAAGCAGCAAUUAAUGACGGCUUAAACGUUGGUGGAUAUUUUGCAUGGGCAGCAUUUGAUACAUAUGAUUUUGACGAUGGAUAUUCUAAACAUAUGGGGCUUUAUCAUAUCAAUUUUGAUGAUAGUCUCAAACGUAUACCGACAAAGACAGCUAAAUGGUACAAAAAGUAUUUGACACUUGAUUCGGUACACUAAAUGUUCUUAUGUUGAUUGGUCUCAACUUGAAGAAAAGGCAAGGGAGUCCCACUUUAAGUUAGAUUAUUUAUACUGUAGUACUCUUAUGUUAUAAAUAAAAUGCGGUCUUCAGUCCAAUGACCAACUAACAUAUUGCUUAUUUCCUUUUCUGUUUGGACGUUUUUAGAGGUUUCACAUUGAUAUGUUUAAUUUAUAUUAUUGAAGAUAUUUGUGAGAGAAAAGUGCUAAAAGUUAUGAUUUUCAAAUAUAUAAAUUGGUUCAAUGGUCA